AUGGCAGCAACAGAAUACUUCGCACCUGGCGCCAGGCCUCCUCUGGAGCAACAGAGUUCUGGUCCGUACCUGCCUCAAACACAGAGACCGAGUCAACCGCAGCCUGGUUUUGGUUAUCAACCUGGUCAUCCAAGUCCACAGUUCGGCAGCAACGCACCACCAUCGCCCUACGCUCCUCACGCGGCUCCUCGACCGCCGCCUCCUUAUGAACCACUGAAUAACGAGGCCAAAGUACACUUCGCCCAAGAGUCACAGCUACCUCCUCCCGGCCAACAACGACCUUCUCUGUCGAGUCAACCCACAUACGCGCUCAAUCAGCCGAACUAUCAAGCCAAUCCAGGGCAACAUUUGGCGCCGUAUCCUCCAGGCCGUUACGUGCCUCAAGGGCCCUAUCUCCAACAACAACCUUACGCACAGUCACACCAUCGACCCCACCACCGAGGUUCUUACAAUGACCCUUCAAGACUGGACUAUUCCUCAGACCCCGAGAGCCACAGGCACAGGCACAAGAAUCGUCCCCGUCGGGUCUCAGACAACUCGCGGUCAACGAACGCAGACGGUUUCCUCGGCGCUGCAGGCGGAGGUCUCAUCGGCGACCUGAUCUUCCCAGGUCUAGGUACAGUCGGUGGCGCACUUGUCGGAUGGCUAGGUGGCAAGGACUACGGCAAGCACAGAAAGUGGCGAGAAGAAAAGCGGGACCGAGAACAGGAUCGAUGGGAGAGGAAAUACAACAAAGGCGACAGCGGCAGUGACAGGUCGAGGAGUCAUAGUCGGGACAACAGAGACAAGGAUACCCAGCGGAGCAGACACAGUCAUGCAACCCGGCGGAAGAGUUAUGACUAA